AUGAGUGAGGAGGAGAAAACGCGUUUUCCGAUAAUGCGGUUGCGUUUUCCGAUGAAAACCGCGGUUUUAGCGUUUACCGUCUUCCUGAUGUUUCUCUCUCAGCUCGCCGUCGGAAUACGUAUGAUUCCGGGGAGGAUCGCCGCCGUAUCCGCCACCGUCGGCAGCGGAUUCGACCUCGGGCCGUUCGUGGAAGCUCCGGAGUACAGAAACGGCAAGGAGUGCGCGUCGCAAUCGGUAAACAGAGAGAACUUCGUGUCGUCCUGCGACCCUUCGCUCGUCCACAUCGCCAUGACGCUGGACUCGGAGUACCUCCGUGGCUCAAUCGCAGCCGUCCAUUCGAUGCUCCGCCACGCGUCGUGUCCUGAGAACGUCUUCUUCCAUUUCAUCGCUGCCGAGUUUGACCCGGCGAGUCCACGCGUACUGAGUCAACUCGUCCGAUCGACUUUCCCGUCGCUCAACUUCAAAGUCUACAUUUUCCGGGAAGACACGGUGAUCAACCUCAUCUCGUCGUCGAUACGGCAAGCCCUCGAGAAUCCGUUGAACUACGCCCGGAACUACCUCGGAGACAUCCUCGAUCGGUGCGUCGACCGAGUCAUAUACCUCGACUCGGACAUCAUCGUCGUCGACGAUAUAAGCAAGCUGUGGAACACGACGUUGACCAAUUCAAGAAUCAUCGGAGCUCCGGAGUAUUGCCACGCGAACUUCACCAAGUACUUCACCACCGGGUUCUGGUCCGACCCGGGUUUAUCCGGAUCCUUCUCGGGUCGAAAGCCUUGCUAUUUCAACACGGGCGUGAUGGUGAUGGAUCUUGUUAGGUGGAGAGAAGGAGAUUACAGAGAAAAGAUCGAAACUUGGAUGCAGUUGCAGAAGAAACGGAGAAUCUACGAUCUGGGCUCGUUGCCGCCGUUUCUUCUCGUGUUCGCAGGGGACGUUGAAGCGAUCGAUCACAGAUGGAACCAGCAUGGUUUGGGAGGAGACAACGUACGAGGAAGCUGUAGGUCUCUGCAUAAAGGACCGGUGAGCUUGUUGCAUUGGAGUGGGAAAGGGAAGCCAUGGGUGAGGCUUGAUGAGAAGAGACCGUGUCCGUUGGAUCAUUUGUGGGAGCCGUAUGAUUUGUAUGAGCAUAAGAUUGAGAGAGCUAAAGAUCAGUCUUUGCUGGGGUUCUCUUCUUUGUCGGAGUUGACGGAAGAUUCAAGCUUUUUGUGA